CUGAAACAUUUUCUCCCGCUACCAUUUCGAUAUGGAAUCUUCCGAAGAACGUCCGAGUAAAAGAGCGCGGCUCGAUACUCAGGAUGGCAAUGGGAAUGCGCCCGCCCCCAAAUUCGAUGCCAAUGCGCAAGUGACGGAUGAGAUGCGAUCGGGCAUAACAGCCUAUGUUAGCCCUGAUCGACGAGGAUUCUCUGGGAUUCUCAAGCAAAGGUAUACGGACUUCUUAGUGAAUGAGAUUCAGUUAUCUGGAGAGGUUCUGCAUUUGGAUAGCGUCGAUUACUCCCGUCCUAAAUCGAAUGUGCCACCUCCUGCAACAGAUGCACCGAUUCCUCAUGCAAAGAAUGGUGAGAAUUCAGGUCAAGAAGUAGCCAAGGAGGAGGAAACACCUGAGGACCCGAUCCAGCAAGCCCCGAAGGAACAACCUGUGGACGAUGCGGGUGCCUCUGGCGCCGAUGGUCAGAAGGUCACGGCGGAGGAUGUUGCGACCCUAGAGAACAUCUUCGGCAAAUCUUGUGUGGAUAGUAUGUUGGAGCUUUACCAAAACGUUCUCCAGAAUCCCACAAAGAAAGCCCGCGACUUCAAAUCGUUCACUUCGCCCUCCAUCGAGGACAAAGAGAAGCGUACUUGCGCCCACCAAGCCGUCCGUCGCAUCCUCCACUCGAAACUCAAUACCGUAACUACGGACUCCAAUACGAUCAAAAUAUCGGCGGGCCCUUCGAAUCGCGGAAACGAUGCGCGCUCCACCCAAGGAAACGGGCAGGCGGGCAGGAAACGGUCCGGAAAACUAGACUGGGAAGAGCUUGGGGGUCAAUUUCUGCACUUCACGCUGUACAAGGAAAACAAGGACACAAUGGAGUCAUUGUAUUUCCUGGCCAGUCAAAUGAAGAUGCAAGUCAAAAGCUUUGGAUUCGCGGGGACGAAGGACCGCCGAGCCGUCUCCGUCCAAAGAGUCAGCGUGUACCGAGUUCAAGCGGAGCGAUUGGCGGGCAUUGGGAAACGACUCCGCAAUGCGAAAGUCGGGGGUUUUGAAUAUCACCCACAUCAACUGAACCUCGGCGAUCUUCAAGGGAAUGAGUUCGUGAUCACGCUACGCGAUUCUCAUUUCCCAGGCGAAGAUGAUCUCACACCGGAGAAACGGUUGGAAUAUGCCAAUGAGGUCGUCUCUGAGGCUGUCGCAGCGUUCAAAGGGAAAGGAUUUCUCAAUUACUACGGCUUGCAGCGCUUUGGUUCGUUCGCUGUGCGUACCGACGAAGUGGGGUUGAAGCUCCUUCAGGAGGAUUUGAAAGGGGCUAUUGAUCUAAUCCUCACGUACAAUCAUGAUAUACUCCCGAAGGAAUCCGAGACCGAGCAGCCAGCCGACGAGUCAAAUACUGGGGCCACAAAAGCGCCCCUGGUGUCUUCGGAUGAUGUAGCCAGAGCUCGAGCGAUCUACGUUUGGGAAACUACGCAAUCAGCGGACGAGGCGAUUCGAAUCAUGCCUCGCAAGUUUGCGGCAGAGUCCAAUAUCAUCAGGCAUCUUGGGUUCAAGGACAGACGGUCCGGCAAGCAGGAUCGCUUGGCCGAUUAUCAGGGGGCUCUCGGAUCCAUCAGUAGGGGUUUGCGACUUAUGUACGUCCAUGCGUAUCAGAGCCUUGUGUGGAACCAUGUCGCUACGCGCCGAUGGGAGCGAUUCCAAGACGGCGUCGUAGAAGGCGACCUGGUGCUGGUCGAGAAGGCGGCUCAAAUGGAGAAGGGUACGCUAGACGACGCUGGCGAAGUCGUCGUCCAACCUGAUAUGACUGAUCGCGCAGCGGACGAAGAGGACCAGCACACGCGUGCCCGCCCGUUAAGCAAGGAGGAAGCCGAGAGCGGCAAAUUCUCUGUGUUUGAUGUCGUCCUUCCUUUACCGGGAUUCGACAUCCUUUACCCCGCGAACGAAAUUGGCGACUACUACAAGGAGUUCAUGGGAAGCGAGAAGGGCGGUGGAAUUGAUCCCUACGACAUGCGAAGGAAGUGGAAAGAUAUUAGUUUGAGUGGCAGUUAUCGCAAGCUGCUGAGUCGUCCAGGGGUCGCAGAACAUUCGGUGAAACGAUACAGCCAUCCGGACGAGCAACUCGUGGAAACGGAUUGGGAGAGGCUGCAAAAGAAGGGUGCGGCCGGCAGCCAAGCGGAGGAGGCGAAGGAAGGGUCAGGCUCGGGAGACAAUAUCGCAGUGAUUUUGAAGCUGCAGCUUGGUUCUAGCCAGUACGCAACAAUGGCGCUGCGCGAACUGAUGAAAGCGUAUGGGGUUCAAACUUUCAAACCAGAAUAUGGUGGCCGCUAA